CUUAUCACCAUGUGAGUUCAACUUCAACGAUUUUUCGCGUACAAGUGUCCGCUUGAUCUUCGUCUAUUAUAAUAUUAAUUUGUGUUCUAAAAACUAAAACUAAAUAAAUUAUAGAAAAUGUUUUAUUUCGCUUCUGCCGUAAGGCUGCGACCGGCUGUGAUCGUUACGACGGCCAUACGGUGUGUCGAGCGGAACCUAUCUAUCGGUCGUCCGUUUUUAGGAGGCGGAUAUUUGCGAAACUUAAACACUUGCAAUGGGUCAACCGCGACUAUUCAAGUUAAGGGUAUCAAGAAACGUACUCAGAGGCGGAAGCCGAUUUCUGUGGAUGAUAUCGGCCAGAUACCAGGGUUUUGGCGUGUAUCUGCUUUUUCAACGUCAGAGGAAUUUCGGUUGGAAGAACUUCAUACAGCACUCUUAGAAUCCAAUAUGUACCAGCCCACUAGUCUGUACAACGGUUCUGACGACAGUGCUGAGCCUAUGCCUCCUGACGUCAUCCAUGCAGUGUCCAAAUUUCAUGUGACCAGUGAGCCCAGACACUUGUAUUUUUUUCGCGAAGGUUCAGUGGUAGGCUGGAACAUGACUGACCUUGAGGUUAAUACUUUGAUGAGCUUCUUGUCUGAACAUGAGAUUGGGCCCUAUAAUGAUGACAUUGUCCAGAAUGAGAAGGAGAUUAUGUUCUACACAUACACUGAAGACAAGAGGAGUUCCAUUCAAAAGGGAAAUUUACAUCUUAUUACAAAAGACUGUGGCAUGGCCUGUGAUUUGGAUAGGUAUACAUUCUCCAACGCUAUGGCUCACAGUGUAAAACUGGGUACAUGGGAAGCACAGCUCGAAGAAUACAUAGAUUCUGUUGAGUUUGUGACCCAAGAUCUACAACAUGGGCUGCCUAUUCGAAUCACUAGAAAAGAAGUAAUGAAAAAAACUGGUGAAUUGUUUGGAUUGAGGCACAAAAUUAAUUUAAGUUCAGAUCUCCUUGAUUUACCAGAUUUCUAUUGGGAACGAGAACAACUAGAAAACUUCUAUCGUUCUACGUGUAAUUAUUUUAGCAUUUCUUCACGCCUUAAGACAAUGAACUUGAAAAUAAACCAUUGCCUAGAACUUGUUGAACUUUUGUCAUAUAAUUUGAGUGACAAACAUCAUAUUAGAUUAGAAUGGAUGAUCAUUGUAUUAAUUAUGGUAGAGGUUGGCUUUGAAAUAAUUCACUACAUUGAGUUGUAUGUAAAAUAAAGACUGUUUCUAAUUUCCUUUA